AUGGGAGGGAAGAUCGAUGCUUACGUUGACUGCGUGUCUCCGUAUUCGUAUUUCGCCGUGCACUACCUGCUGAAGAACCGGUCCGCCUUGACCUCUCAUGGAGUAGAUGUCGAGUUUCACCCCGUGUUUCUCGGUGGCAUCAACGUUGGCAGCGGCAACCAACCACCAUGGGCCCUGCCUAACAAGGCCAAGUAUAGUCCUUACGACAGCAAACGCGCGAAGGCCUAUUUUGGCUGCCCAAAAAUGGAAGUUCCCGACUUCUUUCCCAUUCUCUCGUUGCUGCCUCAACGCUGCAUGGCCUACGUGAAAGAUUCCUUUCCUCGAGACAAGUACGAAGCCAGCUUUCGCGAGCUGUUCAUCGCCAUGUUUGAGGAAGCCAAAGAUAUGAGCAAGCCUGCCCUGCUGGCCGGCGCAUUGGGCCGUCACUUCUCGCCCGACGAAGUGAAGCGCAUUAUCGAAGCAGCCAACACGCCAGAGUACAAGAAAAAGCUGUCCGACAAUACCCAGAAAGUUCUCGACCAAGGCGCCUUCGGAUGUCCGUGGUUCUGGGUGCGCAACGAGAAAGGCGACGAAGAGCCAUUUUUCGGAAGCGAUCGAUUUCAUUUCAUGUGGCGCUAUCUCGGCAUUCCCUUUACCGACAUCCAGAUUGUCGCAAAGGAUGGCCCCAAGCUCUGA